AUCUUUCAACCACUUCAGAACGAUCUGAGGAGUGGCAAGGGAGUGAGGGUGUGAGUGGUAUUCGCAUACAAGGAAGGAAUAUCUUUCCACAGGCCGGCUUUUCUGCUUCAUGCCUCGAAUGGAAGCCAUCAGGCAGGUCCUAUCCUACUCCCCUUCUACUACCGACCGUCAUCCGCGAUCCAUCUCCGACGACUUCAAUGGCUUAGAGUGGAUCGUAAGUAACCUUGAGAAGCUCGGCCGAUAUGAUUGUCUUGAUGCACCAUCAUGAUCAGGCCGAGACUCGGACGACAAGGGACGACAAGGAAGUUUUGAACUGGCCAAGGAACCACCUUCGGAUCAGUUUAUCAUCAACUUCAACACAAGCAACAUGAACAUCCGAGUGUUUUUGGUCCUUCUCUCUUUCGGUCUGGUUUUGGCCAGACCUGGAGGAUACAAGAACUUGGGCGGAGUCUACACUCCCACCAAGGAAUUAGACUACAUGGAUGCCGCCAAAAGUGCAGGUAAAUUUGCCUGGAGCAAGAAGUUCGAGGAGGAGUUGAGCCCCGCCGAUGUGAACCGUGGCGAGCGCCGUGCCGAAUACGUCCCCACUUUCUUCACAUCCAAGGACAACCACGCAGCCUUGACCAAUGGCCGUCCCGCCGAUGAGAACCUUCGUCUCCAACGAGAGACUUCCCAAGAGCAACAGUUCAACGCUCCUCUGUACUACCAACAGUACUAAAAGAGCCCAAGAAACAAGAAACCAACAGCCACUAUGAUCGUUAUCCCUGGUGAAUUUGACACCACAGUCGACUGAAGUGUGGUCAAUACUGUCGUCUAAAGACUACAUAUUUAUUUCUUAACUUAUUUCCAAGACUACCAACAAAUAUAUAUGCUUGAACUCA